AUGUCUAAUCAACAAUAUCAGCCUCGCGGAGCUAAAGAAUAUGUUGUUUUAAUUCCAUUAGAAAAAACAUCAACACUUAAUAUAGUUUCAAUAGAAAGACGGAAGGUUGCUGACAUAACCGAUAAAAAUAUUCUUCAUAUUGGUAGUGGACGUAAUGUAGAUUUUAUUAUAUAUAAAAAUUCUCAACCGGCUCGAUCAGAUAAUGAGCCAGUUCAAUUUUCUUCACAAUUUAAAGUUUUUAUGACUGAUAAAAAAACACAAGAAUUACAUCAAGAAAAUCGAACAUUACGUUUAUGGUUUUAUAGUCUUACACAAAAUCAAUGUCUCUAUGAUGCAAAUGAACUUAUACGUUCAUUAUUUAAAUCUGAUGAAUUUCCUCGAGAUUAUUUUUCUUUUAUUAAACGAUUAAUGGAAUUAUUACGAAUGUUUACAAGAAUUCGUAAAAUCGAACUUGAAAUACAAACAUUAAAUGAAAAUAAUCUUGAUGUUGAUCAUCCAAUUAAACAAUAUGUAUCACGUUUAAUGCUCUAUGAUACUGAUUAUCUUUCAGAAAUGUACGAAAAAAAUCCUGAAAGAUAUGCUGAUUUGAUUAAGGAAAAAUUAUUGGAUUUACUUGAACAAGCAUUUCCAAAUCCUAUGUUUGUCAAUGAUUUGGCUAAAUAUGUGGAAUGUGAUGGUCAAACAGUUUUUCAAUAUCUUGUUGAACUCGAAGAUAAAAAUUUAGUUAAACAUCUUGAUCAAGAUGGUCAACAAUGGACACGUGUAAUAAUAGCUGCUCAAGAAGAAGAUACUCAUAAAGUUAUUCUCUAUAAAUCAAUUUCCGAAUUAUCAAGUUCAUUUCAACCAACAAUUGCAAUAAUUACUGUAAAUUAUUUUGAAAAAUUAGCCGUUGAUGCUAUGAUUGAAAAUAAAGUAACAUUUGUUCGACAUAAAGCAGGUGAAUCAAAUGUUUAUACAAUUGGUACAAUUGGUCCACAUCAUGUUGUAUCAACGAAAUUACCAUUGAUUGGUCGAAGUCGUACAGCACAAAUUUCAACAGGAAGUACAACAACUCGAUUAUUAGGUACAUUUCAACAUGUACAACAUGUUUUUAUUAUUGGAUGUGCCGGUGGUGUACCACAUUAUACUGAUGCAACAAAACAUGUUCGACGUGGUGAUAUUAUUGUUGGAUAUCCUAAUGAAGAAGAUUAUGUCUAUGGUAUUUAUGAAGCUGAACAAUCAUCCGAAGGAUAUGAAUUUGUUUCAACAUGUUAUAAACCAAAAAGUUUUCAACUUUAUCAAUUAAUGGAACCAAUUAAAGAAAAUUAUCAACAAACAUAUUUAAAUCGAUCAUUAACACAUAAAUAUCCAUGGGAAAAAUUUCUUGAAGAAGGUAUACAAUAUUUACUUUCACAUAAUAUUGAUUGUUUACCACCAAAUAAUGAUCGUCUUUAUAUUAAAAUGGAAAAUGGUGAAAUUGUUGAAGUUAAACAUCCAGAUCAAAGAAAAAAAGAUUAUCAUCGACCAGCAAUACGUUUUGGUAUGAUAGCUGGUGGAAAAAAUAUUUUAACCAAUGAUUAUUUAAAAUCAACAUUAUGUGAUAGAUGUAAUGUUUUAUGUUUUGAUUCGGAAAUUGAUCAAGUCAUUGCAGCUAUACAAGGAAAUCGUACAGAAUCAUUUAUGAUUAUACGUGGAAUAUCUGAUUAUCAUGAUGGAACUUUAAACAAAGAAUGGCAACCAUUUUCAUCAUUAUGUGCAGCUGCUUUUAUGAAAACAAUUAUUUAUAAAAUACCAAAACCGUCCAGAAAAAAUCCAAAUUCACAUUCGAAUAGCGAACAUGAUGAUGAUAUACUUUAA